AUGUCAGCAAGAGAAAGCAAUUUUGUUAGAAACAGUAGCAAGAAUAUUACUAAUAACAAUGCUACUGCUAACGAUGAUAGUGAUAAUAACAACAAUAAUAGCACCACGAAUGCUAAUUACUCUAAAAAAUUAACCCGUUCAAUUUCCACUAUAAUUCCAAACGAGGUUUUACUGACUUCUCUGGUGAAAAUAAGCAAACCUCAAAGUUCAACUUCAAUUGGUUCAUUCCUAGACGUAUACAAUAAAAAUGAGGAAUCUAAUUCAAGUAAUGAUUCAGUUUUGUCUCAAACCCCUUUGAUUAAGGAAAAAAAAUUAGUAUACCCUGCCUUAGAUAAUUCAAACGCUAAAACUGAAAGAUUAAAUAGAUUUAAACGACUUACUCCCUCAGCUGUUACCCUUAGAACAUCCGUUCCUAGAAGAAUAAAUUUGAUUACCAAGAGUACAAGUAGCAGCGAAUUAUUAAGCGGUCAAAUCGCCAACUUUCAAUCAACACAAGCAGAGCCGAAUAUUAGUUAUGACACCUGCAAACCUGCAACUAAUCCUAAAAAGUAUAGUAAAGAGAACGCCGUGUUUUAUAAACCUCCCUCUAAAAGUGGCAACAACAGCUCUUCAUCAUCUUUUUACGAAGCAAUAAGCAAGGAAAAUACGGCAGAACAUCGCAACUCAAAUAUUGACGUUUCUGUAGACAAGUAUGAUAACCAGAAAACACUUUCAAAUUGCAAAACACACAACAUUGAGGCUGGAGAUAGGCAUACUCUUUCCGUUAUGAAUUCGAAUCCAAACCAUGAUGGGAAUCAUAAAACUCAUAAUGAUUUAUCAGCAGCCAAAAAAAAAACGUUUUUUAAAAAGUACAAACUGGCAAUAUUAGCUUGGGUUUUGAUUUUGGUAAUUUUAAUUAUGAUCUGUGUUUUCAUUCCCAUUCUAGUUAUACUAUCACGCGGGACACGUAGUUCAGUAUUGAAAUAUUUUGAAAACUCAUCUGACUCUGCUAAAAAAAGAUUGCUAGAUGAAAUAACGUCACAAUUUUAUGACCAAACUCCUUUGGACAAUGGUAGUGAACUUUGGAUGAAAAAGCAGCUAAGUUCCCCUUAUGCAUUAGCUACGUCUACGGAAACAUCUAUUCCAUAUAGUAACAAAAACCAUUAUCUCGACUACGCCGCAAACAAAAAUAUCACGCCCUAUGAUGUUAGCAUCUUGCGAAGUCUCCCGCUUCAAUAUCAGUAUGAUUCGGAAGUUCUAAGCAUAUUGACCAAGCAGCAGCUAAGACAGACUUUUGAUGGAAUAAAUUAUUCCCCGGCAGGGGUCAUGUACCCAUUGUGUGGUAUAAAUGAAAGGGAUGUACUACUAGAUGUGUUGCUUUUAUCAAGAGUGACAACAAAGAUCAGAACAUAUGGGCUCCAAUGCAACCAGGUACAAUUAAUUUUGAAUGCUAUUGAACAGCUCAACUUAAACAUGACAGUAUCUUUGGGAGUAUGGGUCGGCAAAAAUAAGAAACAAAAUUUAAGACAAUUGGCCGAAUUGAAAAAGAUCCUAAAAGCCUAUGACCGUUCCUUAUUUGAAAAUAUUAUUGUAGGCAAUGAGGUGUUAUUCAGAAACGAUUUAAAAGUGAGUGAAUUAAUCGGUCUAAUUGUAAGCGUCAAGCAAGAUAUUACCGAAAAUUUGAAAAUAACAGAUUUACCGGUGGGUACUGCCGAUAUACCAGACUUGGUCACAAGAGAGCUUUUAGACAAUGUUGAUUUUUUUGGUGCCAACAUACAGCCCUUUUUUACAGGCCAAAUGGUGCAAACAGCUUCGGACUGGGUUUUCGAAUCGCUUGAAAGUACUUUAAAUUCACUAACAGUUUCCAGUAAACCAAAGAUUGUUAUUUCCGAAGUGGGAUGGCCGUAUGAUGGGGGUUCUUAUAAUGAAUCAAUUGCAAAGCCUGCGCAUUUCGAAAAAUUCUUGAAGGACUGGGUAUGUAAAUCUAAGAACUAUUCCUAUCAAUGGUACUAUUUUGAGGCAUUUGAUGAGCCUUGGAAAAGAAUAUACUAUAAUGAAAAUAAUACUUGGGAAACCGAAUGGGGUAUCUUUGAUAUCAAGAGAAAUUUAAAAAAAGGGGUAGAGUUACCUAUUUGUAAUCAAACAUAUAUUGUAUAA